UAUUCUCUCCCCCAUCAAACCUGGAGGGGGGGGGUUGAGGGAGCGAACGAACAAACGCCUGCGUAGUGCUGAGCUACCUCAGGGGUUAAGCUGCAAUAGAUGACUUCUGAAAUUCCAACAUUUCUGACUGCUUAAAGUGUGUUCUGUAUAAGUCUUUUUCAUCGUAAAUGUGAUGUCUCGGUGUCACUUCAUGCCAGAUGGGGGAGAAUGAAAAUACCGGGAUAGAAGUGGAAAAGGACAGGUGUACUAUCCAUUAAGGUAAAGUAUUGUACCUCAUGAGCAGGGACAGCUGAGAUCUCAUUGAAUGUGGGUAAUUUUGACCAUAUCUGGAGAAAGCUGUUCAGUAAUGCUUUCAUGUGCAUGCGGUUAACCAAGAAAGAUGUAGGUAUUCUUGUCUGCUACAGUUUGCAGCGUUCUAGUCUGGUGUAAACAUUUCCGAGUCUGUUCUAACCGUCCAGUCCCAACUACAACUAGAACAGGUAAUACUGAGGCAGAAGCAGUGGAGGCCUCUGCAGUGGGGUGCUGUGGUCUCCUGACCUCCCCGUGCCACCAAAGUCCUGACGGCGGGAUAAGUGUCGCCGGACGGGAUGAGGCUGAGGGCUGCCCCUGCCCCCUCAGACUGCCCCUCGAGGCGCAGCAGGCGCGGGCACGCCUGCCCUCUGCUUCACAAGCGAGAAAUCUCAGCGCGAGAGCAGGAUCCUGAUAAAUGCCGCUUUGCAAGCAGCGAUCGCUGAACGACGGCGUUUGCUGAAGCUCGGGCGGUAUUGCAGGGCGGGCUUUCCCCUGUUUUGAACAGCUGCCCGUCGUGCCUGAAAGCUGUAGGCUAGAGAGUAGAGAACGCCUCGCCCGGUACCUUCAGCGUGACUUUCGGCGAUGUCUGCCUAGCCUUGUCCGACUCCGUACGUGCGUUUUGCAGGUCGGGUAGGAAGGCUGAGCUGUGCGUUGAGACAUCCCGGUUUUUUGUGCUGCUCGCGGAGAUCAAAACUGUGAGUGCGUGAGAGGCAGUGCUGUCAGCGAGCGAAGGGCCUGUGACCCAGCGCUGUCCCAUCGGCCGCUGUAACCGCUGAAGUGUAUCAAACGUUUUCUAUUCCUUAUUAGCACUUACGGACACUGCAUGUGCACUGCCGGAGCUUGGCGUGAGGGCGCAGUGUUGUAAGGCAGCUGAAUCGCUGUCCAAGCUGUAGGAAGCCGGGCAGCACCGAAGUGCUAGAGUGCUUUUUGCCGUGAUAGAUGAGGGAUAUCCUGACAAGCUAUUUCAGAGUGCAGAUAUAGACUGCAAAGAUGGCCCCUGUAGUAUCACAGGAAGAAGCAGCAGGAGAAUGAAGUGCAGACAAAAUACACAGAAUGGAACCAAAUUCAGACGAAGAUAAACUUUUCAGACCGUCCUAUGUAGCUAGUGUGGAGCUACCUGAAAGAACAGGACUAGUAAACGUGGAAGAUAUUAAAACAAAUCUCUCUGAUGAGUUUAGUUCAGCUUCUUCAAGCUCAGACAUGAGCCGGAGGUCUAGUUUGGAGCCUAGGGGACACAUACAAGUUUGCCUGCGCAUUAAGCCCUUUACAGCACUGGAAAGAGCAAAUGGAUUGCAGGGGUGUGUUUCACUUGAGGACUCAACAAGCGUUAUACUGAAACCCCCUAAGAGCUCCUUGAGUCGACUGAUUGAAAAAACUGCAGGACAGACGAUACAGAAGUUCACCUUUUCACGAGUGUUUGGACCUGAAGCAACUCAAGAAGAAUUCUUUGAAGGUACUAUGAAGCAGCCAGUGCAAGACUUCCUAGAAGGAUGCAAUCGUCUUGUUUUUACCUAUGGCAUUACAAAUGCUGGGAAAACCUACACAUUCCAAGGGACAGAAGAUGAUGUUGGUAUUUUGCCAAGGACAAUGGAUAUGUUGUUUAAAACCAUUGGAGGAAGGCUAUACACAAAAAUGGAUCUGAAACCUAUUCGGUGGCGAGAUUACAUAAAACUGACUAAAGACCAAGUGAGAGAAGAAACUGCUCUUAAAAAUUCAUUGCUUCGUCUGACAAAAGAGGUAGGAGACUACUUCACAAAGAAACGAUGAGUACAUGCAUCGUGA